AUGGCCACAAUGACAGAGACAGCGGCUCCGGCCCCCGAUACCUACAAGUUGCAGCUCCACUCGGCCUACGGUCCAGUCUACCGGGACGUGCUCCGAACCCCGGCCAGGGACUGCACCUUGUCGGAAGUGCCCGUGAUCGACCUCACCAACAUCAACGGCACAGACGAACAGCGUCGACAACUGGCCGACACCGUCCGGGAGGCCGCCGAGAACACUGGCUUCUUCUACAUCAAGAACCACGGCAUACCGGAGAGCGUCAUCGGCGCUGCCUUUGCGCAGGCGCGGGCCUUCUUUGCCCAGCCGGUGGAGCUCAAGGAGCUCGUCUCGUGCGACAAGUCAAAACACUUUAGCGGCUGGACAAAAAGACGCGGCAUCCAGAUCGCGCCCACGGACAAGCCGGACAACCGCGAGGGCUUCACCUUUCGCUACGAUCCCAGCCACGACCCAGAGACCAAGGACCCCGCCGCGGUCCCUGCGGAUGUCGCAAAGUGGCUAAAGGUCGAGGAUUUUAUGUGGCAGGGCACGGCUCAUCUUCCAAAUUUUAAACAUGACCUCGUGAAAUAUUGGCAAGAAUGCCUCACGCUGGCAAGGUCUAUGAUUAAGAUUUUUGCCCGGGCGCUGGACGUUGACGAGAAUUACUUUGAUGAUGUGGUGACAUAUCCGGGGAGCGAUAGCGUCUUCAACUACUACCCCAAAAACGAGGGCUCGGACGAGGACGUCGUCGACGUAGGACUAGGCGCCCACACGGACUUGCAGUGCUUCACGUUCCUGUGGCAGGACGACGUCGGCGGGCUGCAGGUCCUGACCAACGAGGGUCAGUGGGUCAAGGUCCCGCCUGUCAGAGGCACCUUUGUGGUCAACAUUGGGGAUUUCCUGCAGCGCGUGUCCAACGACCGCUUCAACUCCACCGUCCACCGCGUCUACAACCACGCGCCCCGGGACCGCAUCUCGAUGCCCUUCUUCUUUGGCUUCAACCACAACGCCCAGUGUGCCGUCCUGCCGACUUGCACGAGCGAGACGAACCCCGCAAAGUACGAGCCUAUUAGUUGUGGAGAGUGGUGCCGCUUGAGAUUUGAAAAGACGUUCAAUGCACCGAAGGAGGAUAAAUAA